AUGCUCUGGAGAGCUACUCAGCAGUUCAAUCGCUUCCGAGACAUAAUCGAAUUGGUGUCUGGAAUCGUCUUCCUGGCCACUCCUCAUUUUAAGGACUCAAGCGAUGACUCGGGGAAGCUCCUGUCCCUGGUACUUCGAUCAGAUCUUAUGGCAAACCCCAAGAAGGCCUUCUCCAAGUCCGACCUUUCAGCUCUUGCCUACACUUCUUGGCAGUUUGAGGAGCUGAAGCUGAAGAUCCCUAUCCUGAGCUAUUUCCGAGGCCGUAGUGAGGAGCUGCAGCUCAUUCACGAAGCCUUGCCUCCAGAACAGCCCAGUGGUGGCCAGAACAAUCGGACCAAGCAGCCCAAAGCAUUCGUGAUACAUGGCCUCGGAGGCAUCGGCAAGACCCAGUUAGCAGUUGAAUACAUCUUCUCGAAGCGGGACUCGUACGACGCAAUCUUUUGGCUUCAGGCAGACCAAACAGACACACUCUCGGCUGGCUUUGCGCGUAUUGCCAUUGAGCUCGGCCUUGAAAGCAAGGAAUCGGCUGACGACCAAGUUGCCAGCCGCGAGAUUGUGAAGGCUUGGCUGGCUGAUCCUCUCAAGUCAUCAGCUCCGAGCCCCUCCGGGGACAACAAACACGCCAGGUGGCUCAUUGUGUUUGAUAACGCCGACAAGCCCGAGGAGCUUCUUGAUGGUGGCUUUUGGCCGAGAGACGGACAAGGCUCGGUCCUUGUGACUAGUCGGGAUCCAAUGUCAAAGAGCGACAUGUUCUUCGGCAACGUGGGGAUCGAGCUGGAUGCUCUCGGCCAAAGCGAGGCUGCGAUCCUUCUUCGAAAAUUGUCUCGGCAAGAGGGGAGGGAGUCGUCAGAACAACUCUCGAUGGAUGUUGUGCAAAAGCUGAAUUGCUAUCCCUUGGCCAUCGUACAAAUGGCAGGAAUAAUACGUCGGCGCAACCUGUCACUUGCCGAGUUUCUCGAGAUCUAUUGUCAGGAAGAGGAAAGGACCGAGCUGCACGAGCUGAGAGUCGGGACGCUGCAUGGAUAUGGCCUCACUCUAAGCUCGGUAUGGGCUUUUAAUGGCUUCAACCCCGGCGCCAGGCAGAUUCUGUCUGUCGUGGCUCUUCUAGAUCCCGACUCGAUUGUCGAGGAAAUCCUCACCACAGCACCGCAAGACUCAUCGCUGGAAAGCUUCCCACAAACAAAACCAGCAUUCCUCCGGGAUUUGUCAACUUUGACCCAAUCAUCGAUUAUCCACCGAAACACGGACCAAAACGAGCUGUCGAUCCAUAGGAUGGUCCAAGACGUGAUCCGGUCUCAGCUCCUGAAAACCGACGACCUUGUUGAUAGGUGGACCCAAUGCGAGCGAGUGAUACCACACGUGGUGCGGUUGCGCCAAAUAUUCAACGACUUCGACAAGAGCAAACAGCAAAGGACGGCCACGGUUGAUUUUGUUUGGUUACUGGCCGAAGGAGCCUGGUACCACCUUGAGCGGUCGAACCCCAGGGAAUGUCUCGACUUCAUCAAAACCGGAUUCAAGCUCACCGAGGUUUCUCUCGAGGAUCUGUCGUUCAUCCGGGCCGAGCUCCACGGCACUCGGUCCUCUAUUGGCCUGGAAAUGAACGAAACAGAAACAGCUCUAUACCACCAGGAAGAAAAUGUUGCGUUUCGAGAAGCUACGCUUGCCAAGGACGGCAAGCUCAACAACAAGCUCGCGGCCGGAUACAGUGAGUAUAGGAGAGCGCUAAUGGCGUGCGGCAUCUUCACCAAGGCGGCAGAGAUGUUCGAGAAGUCCAUCUCCAUAAGAGAGCAGCUGCCAGGCUUCAAAAGGCUGCAGCUGUUCAACCCUCUGCGCGGCCUGGCGCUUGUGCGUUGGCACGAGGGGGCCUAUGAAGAAGCCAGUGAGCUUCUCCUCAGUGCUCUUCGUGAUCGCGAGCUCGCGUUUGGUCGCGAUGACAAGGAGAGUUCUAGGACUGGGGAACUGCUCUACUCCCUCGGCAGCGUCCACCAAAGCCAGGGCCGUCUCGAAGAGAGCUUCGUCUACCACCAGCGGGCUCUCCUGCAGCUGAGGUCCAGCAUUGGCGACAACCACCACCUCACUGCCAAAGCCUGCUAUAACCUGUCCAUGCAUUACCUGCGCUUCGGAGACUACGAACACACUGUCGUGCUUCUGGACCAGGCGUCGCGCGUCUUCAGCCGAGGCCAUUACUACGCGCCUGAACUCGCGCGCGUGACUUUCAUGCUCGGCCACGUCUUGGUCCUCCAGGGCAACACUCGCGCUGGAGAUGAGCCCUUGGCCCGCGCGUGGAACAUGCGGCAGAGACUUGUUCCUGGCGACCUAAGGCCCGUCGACGAACUAUAG